AUGAGUAUGAUGAAACCACAAAUCAAUCGAAAGAAGAAGCUCGUAGAGUUUCGUCCACACGAGAAAACACGUGAGGAGAAUGCUAUGAAGCUUCAUGAAGAGACACAAAAGAAAUGGGAUCAAAUCGCAAAUAAUCUUGCUAAAAAAAUCGGUAGAGAUCCAACAACAUUAGCAAUGAACAGUGAUGACAUGUUUAGAAGAACAAAUGAAGAACGUUUUCUUAUAGCACAAGUCAUCAACGCACUUUCAACAAAAGAUGCCGGAGUUUGGAAAUUAAACCCACGAAUUGGAGAUCUUUACGCACAAGUAGAAAAGCCAAAUCUUGCAAACUUUGAGUCUAUUGGCAAUCCAGAGUCCGUAGAUGCUGCAAAAGGCGCUCGUCCAUUUUCAUGGUUCUCAUCUCCAUACUACAAGAAGCUUUCUAAACAACUCAAGUCGCAUAUCGAAAAAAUCAAACCAUUCGAGCCCAAUUUUUCAAGAUUGGUUGUUGUAGGACGUCCAAUCAACGAAGAAAUAUUCGAAAAAUUACCAGAAGUUCAGGGUGAUACAGAAAUCAUUGUUGAAGAGCACCAUGAACAAUCCGAGGAAGUUAAGAGCGUUGUCAAAGCAAAUAUCGAUACAAAUCGUUUAUUCUUCCGUGCAACGCCAGGAGUUACACAAGCAAAGACAGUCGAAGUCACAAACGAAGGAACAUCCGCAAUUUACUACAAAUGGGAGCUUGCCCAUGAUAUUGACCUUAUGAUCGGUUCUGGCUCGAAUCGUACACCAUUACGCAAGCCAGUCUCACCAAACAACGAUGUUACAGACAAUUUCGACUGGCGUAUCUCCGAUAGCUUCAUUAUGCCAAAAGAUAUGCAGCCUAAGACGAGAUCCGAAUUUCUUUUCACUCAGAUACGUGGUUCCAUCUUACCAGGCAAGAGCAUGACCUUCUCAUUCUCUUUCAAGAGCGACAUACCCGGUUGUUUCACUCAGAGAUGGGUUAUGCGCACAACUCCAGCCGCAGAAAGCGAUUCACCACUUACAAUUCAUCUCAGAGGCUGCUGCGAGGUCGAUCCACCAGAUCUCACUUCAUUCCGUAAAUCAAUUGACGAAUCAUUGCAUGAAUCCGAACGAACUCGUUGCGUUGAAGAGAUUCUUGCCUCAGUAUUCGAGCGUGUUGAGCAAAUCACACAAAGCCGCAAUGUCAAGACCGAAGAGCAGAUCGAAGGCGAUCUUUUGGUCGACGACAGAGCUCCGAAAUUUGACUCGGCCAACAGCGUUUGGGGCGUGAAGUAUUCACCGGCGCUUUAUGAGAGUUUACUUGCUGUUGCUGAAGAAUCAUGGGACGCUCUUGGCAUUACAGGUUUCGAGCGUUUCUGGGACUAUUCACUCACAUCAUUGACCAAGUUGAUAAUGAAAGUUCAAGACGGAGAAAAGAAACGUCAUUUAUUAUCAAAAGUGAAUGAAAUUGUGAGAAUGAACAUGACACAGUCCGCAGCAGGUUCUCUUUCCUAUUCCAUUGCUUAUGUACAGUUGUCUACCAUGUUUGAAGACCUUCCUGACAUUUUCAACCACGAAGCAAGCAUAAGGGACAUCAAACUAAAUCCUUUCGUUGCUCCGAAACAAGCUGAAAAUGCCAAUGAAGACGAGUUGGAGUCAACAAGAAGAAAACACAAAAGAUCAGUCAAAGAAACAAAGAAACCACCGCCAAAGAAAGGAUCAAACAAGAAAGGCGCAAAAGAGGAAGAACAAACACACCAACAGAACUCUCAACUCGCAAUGCAAAAGACUAUAACAACUGCAGACAUGCCUCCAGAACUUCACGCAGCGUUAGUUGCAGCUGUUAAAGAACAGUUAAAGAAGAAAAUCAACGUGUUCGAACAAUUGGCAGGAGAGAGUUCAGGAGUUGCUAAACAACUUACAAGAAUUAAUGAGGUUGAUAGGCUUGAUACUGAUCUGGAUGCUGAAGUUGAAGAAGAUGAUGAAAUAUAA